AUGUCUCGAAUCCCUGCUGUCCUCGUCUCCUCAAAACUGAAUCACUCCGCCCGCGUCAAGCAUGCUUUCAACGAGCUGAACAAGUAUGCAGCCUCCUCGAGGCACGGUGCGACGCUAGGCCCAAUCAAGGUCGUCCACGAAACUCUCAAAUCUCAUCCUCGUCCCAGGGAUGCUGAGCCCGCUCAAGACGACCUCGUCAAUCGGCUGAUCAACGAUCCUGACAACCACGACCUUUGGUUCAAUCAGUUACUGGGAAACCCAUUCUGUAAAGAGAUGGGCAUGACUGGACCCAACGACCCCGCUGCAGAUGUGCUCCUCAUGGGAUUCAAGGCUUACAUGGUGCAAGACUACAUUUACUGUGCACGCCGCAUCAUGUACCAGACCGAGCGCGCAAUCAAAUCGACGACUGCCGAGGAAUUCAAGGAUACCACUACCAAGGCGUCGCACUACUGCACCUAUGCUCAGGGCGCCUUGGACCUCUGCGUUGACGACGUGGACCAAGGCCUAGGCAUGAAGGAUAUAUAUGUCCUUCAGGCACAGCCGGCGGACGCCACCAACUAUUACACCGACAUGCAGUUCGAGACAGCCAAGACCCACAACUGGGCUUGA